CUCUUUCUUCUCUCUCUCUCUCUCUCUCUCUCUCUCUCUCUCUCACACAGACACAAUGUCCAAAGAACUCACCGAAGAGGGUCAACAAAGGAAGGACUACUACGACCCUCCUCCCGCCCCUCUCAUCGACCUCGCCGAGAUCAAGCUCUGGUCCUUCUACAGAGCCCUCAUCGCCGAGUUCAUCGCCACCCUCCUCUUCCUCUAUGUCACCGUCGCCACCGUCAUCGGUCACAAGAAACAGACCGGUCCUUGUGACGGCGUUGGCCUUCUCGGCAUAGCCUGGGCCUUCGGUGGCAUGAUCUUCGUUCUCGUUUACUGCACCGCCGGCAUUUCCGGUGGACACAUAAACCCAGCGGUCACUUUUGGCCUCUUCCUGGCGCGCAAGGUCUCGUUGAUCCGUGCCGUUCUCUACAUUGUAGCACAGUGCCUCGGUGCUAUCAGCGGCGUCGGGUUGGUGAAGGCCUUCAUGAAGCAUCCCUACAACUCCCUCGGCGGCGGUGCCAACUCCGUCAGUUCUGGCUACUCCAAAGGCACUGCUCUCGGUGCCGAGAUUAUCGGCACAUUUGUGCUUGUCUACACCGUUUUCUCUGCCACCGACCCCAAGAGAAGCGCGCGUGACUCUCAUGUCCCCGUGUUGGCUCCGUUGCCCAUUGGGUUCGCCGUUUUCAUGGUUCACUUGGCUACCAUACCCAUUACCGGUACCGGGAUUAACCCGGCCAGGAGCUUCGGAGCUGCUGUCAUCUACAACAAUGGCAAAGUUUGGGAUGACCAUUGGAUCUUUUGGGUUGGACCGUUCGUGGGAGCGUUGGCGGCGGCGGCAUACCACCAGUACAUACUGAGAGCAGCGGCUAUCAAGGCGUUGGGGUCGUUCCGGAGCAACCCCACGAACUAGCUGUUGACGGAGAAGAGGAGAGGGAGAGAGAUAGUGUAGAGGAAGCUUAAUUCGUGUUUGCAUUCAUGAUUUGUUAUUCAGUUGAUGUGUGUGUAUGUGAUGAUGAUGACCCAUUCGUCUUUUCCUUUGUAAUUUACUAUUUAUUUAUUUUUAUUAUUGUUACUAUUUCUUUCGUUUGUUUGUUUGUAUGAGAUGAGAUCAUAUUAUGACCGUUAUUUAAUUUUAAAUUUAUAUUUCCCCUGUUUUCUUUA